AUGAGUGACACAGAGAGAACCGACGCGGAGUCGCGACAGGGCGGUGUGAGCAAGCCCCUUCUAAGACUCAAGUUGUUGGACGCAUUGCGGCAGGGCGACUUUGACAACUUGCGGCGCCUGCUUCAGGCCGGGGACUUCCAGCCGUUGGAGGACGCCGACAUCCAGGAAGUGGUACAGUUGCUGCUACACUACGCGGUACAGGUUGCGCCUUUUGGUCUAAUUCGGGAGAUUGUUUCGCAGUGGUGCGGGGACAGUGAGGGCGCAGCGGAAGGCGGCGCGCUACGGUUGGACGUUAAUAAACAGGAUAGCGACGGAAACACGCCGCUGCAUCUAGCGGCCCUACAGUCCCGCGCAGACGUUGUGCAGUUACUAAUGAAUCAUGCCGCGAUCAACGACUGCAUCGUCAAUCGUGCACACCUGCAGCCAAUUGAAGUGUGCAAGAACUUGAACAUUGCGCAGAUGAUGCAAAUAAACCGCGCGAACUACGUUGCAGAGGUCGCGCACGAGUUCCGGCUCGCGUUUAACAACCGAGACUUUUCCCAUCUGGAGGCGAUAUUGAGCAAUGCACGGAAUGCGGAGCUAUUGGAUAUUAACGGCACGGAUCCGGAGACAGGAGACACCGUUCUACACGAGUUUGUGAAAAAGCGUGACAUUGUUAUGUGUCGCUGGAUUAUAGACCACGGCGGGGACCCUUUUAAGAGAGACAAGCGGGGUAAACUCCCUAUUAAUUCCUUGUCGCAGCCUGCUGCGGAUGCAGAUGGAGUGUCUGAAGCCGGAAAAACCGCUGCUGACGCCGAAAUUAAACAGUUGCUUGAAAAGGCUGCCCGGGAGCAGAGCGUCAUUGACGUGACGAACAAGCUCCAUGAGCCACCUUCCUACAAGGGUUACUUGCGUAAGUGGACCAACUUUGCGCAAGGUUACAAGCUUCGGUGGUUCAUUUUAAGCACUGACGGAACAUUAUCUUACUAUAAGGACCAAGAUGAUACCGCAAAUGCUUGCCGUGGCUCUCUGAACAUGUCGACCUGUUAUUUACACCUGGAUUCAAGUGAAAAGCUCAAGUUCGAAAUUAUCGGAGGUAGUGAUGGUGCUAUAAGAUGGCACCUAAAAGGGAAUCACCCAAUUGAGACAAACAAGUGGGUCUGGGCCAUUCAAAGCGCGAUCAGGACAGCUAAAGACCGGGAAAUUAUGCUACGUAAUCCGAACCAUGCUCCUACACACGAGCAACCACAGUCUCCUCUACCGCAGGUACAGCAGCAGGUUAUGCACUCGAGCACAAGUAUUCCCGUAGCUAAUAUGCGUAUAGGGGCCUCAACCACGACAUUACCAAGUAUCGGAUAUAAGAUGUCUACAGUUAGCAUGAAAUCCGGAUCGGAGCAACGUAGGAACCCAAACUUACUCGAUACUCGUCUGGUCAAAACUUACUCCAAUACUUCUGUGUCCUCAAGCGAUGUUGAAUUGAAUGAUAAUUUGACUGAUUCCGGAAGGCAGUACGUGGCCAAAGUGAAAAGUAAACUUCCUUCUCGGAGUGUCAGUGGAUCUAGUUCGCAGACACAUUCUACCACCGAAUCAUCGCAUGUAUCUCACAAGAUCGCCUCUAAUAAAAUCUCUCAGGACGAAUCUCUUCCGCACGGUGGCAGUGCAGGGCACUCUCUAAUAUUAAGGCCGUUCGAGGAAUAUGAAGAGGAAGACGAAGUAGAGGAUUCGAUGACGCAUGCAAAGUCGUCUGUUGUAUACAACGAUGAAGAAGAUGUGAAGGUGAAUUAUGGACCGUAUGCACAGGAACUUUCAAUGUUGCAGCGCUCGAUUAUAAUUGAGAUAUCGACGUUGAAUGAAUUGCUUGAAGACGGCAGCACAACGGAAGACGUGUUAGAGGCCGCUAGGAAGUCACUUAUCACCAUUAACAAGAGCUUUGCACAACUAAACAGGCUGACGGAAAGGAGAGACCAAAGACUUGUUAAGAUGUUAGCUAAACAACGUGACAUAAACAACCUGUGGAUCAAGUCUGUUAAAGAGUUGGAGAUGGAAUUGGUGGAGAAAUCUGAGAAGCUAGCUAACAUGGAUCGUGAUAGGAGGGAUAUUAAGAAGCUGCUACAAAGGAAGAUGCACGAAGCAUCUGCUCUCCCUGAGUCUGCAUCACUAGCAGAUGGCACGAGUAUACCAGAGCUUCUUCCAAAGGACUCUACACGGCAAUUCGCCGAAAUUGUGGAGCUAAUCCAAUCUAACCAGUCAUCGGACGCGGAAGACUCAGAGACCGAUGAGUUCUUUGACGCGGAAGAUGCUGUCAAGGACGAGCAAACAUUAUCUACACCUUUGGAAUCACCCGUGCAACAUGAUGAGCUUGGAGAUGAAAGUCCGGCUAAAGUUGUUGAAAGCGCACCAGUCGCAAAGGAAGAGCAGAGGACGGAAAUUGUCAUAAUUGCUCCUACCACCCUUGAGAGCGGUGAGUCAGAGGUCAGAGGCAACAAUACAGAAUCAGAUGUCAUGACACUUGGCAAGACACACGUGCCUGUUAUACCGGAAAUCUCAGAAGAUGAUGUCCCAGCCCUAGAAAGUACACAAUCCAUUGCGCCGACCGCCGCAACAUCCGAUGGGUUUGCCGUGAACCAACUACAGAUGGCCAAGGAGAAUGUUAUUGUUGGCGAGGGUACUUUUCUUGGCUAUGAAGAUGGUGUCCGGAAGAAAUUGGCCCUCGAUAAAGAUGAACGUCCAAAGAUUAACCUAUGGAGUGUCUUGAAAUCUAUGAUCGGCAAAGAUAUGACUCACAUGAGCCUACCGGUAACUUUCAAUGAGCCGACUUCUAUUCUACAGCGUGUUGGUGAAGACCUUGAAUACAGCGAUUUGCUUGACAAUGCGUGUUCGUUUUCGGAUUCUACCCUACGUCUUCUCUAUAUUUCGGCAUUCGUGUCCUCCUCAUACGCCUCUACCAUCAACCGUGUUGCUAAACCAUUCAAUCCGCUAUUAGGCGAGACAUUUGAGUACGCGCGGCCGGAUAAGCACUACCGUUUUUUUACCGAACAGGUGUCGCACCACCCCCCCAUCUCGGCCACAUGGACAGAGUCCCCUAAGUGGGACUUCUUUGGGGAGUCACAUGUUGACACGAAAUUCUACGGGCGUUCCUUCGAUGUGAAGCAUCUUGGACUAUAUUACAUCACCUUGCGCCCAGAUGACGGAAGCGGGGAGGAGAUAUAUACCUUCAACAAGCCUAACAAUUCCGUGAUCGGCAUCCUAAUUGGAAAGCCAGAACUUGAUAACCAUGGGGAAGUGACGGUCACAAACCACAGCACAGGCGAUUACACCACGCUGCAUUUUAAACCCCGUGGCUGGCGCUCUGCCAAUGCUUUCGAAGUCCGUGGGGAAGUGUUCGAUUGCAACGGGGUCAAAAAAUGGGUUCUUGGUGGUCACUGGAACGAAGCUCUAUACGCAAAGAGUGUGCAGAAGCACAACGCCUCAGAUGAGCUUACGCUUGACCGCUCCAAAGCUCCCACAACUCGCCGUUCAAGCGUUUCUGGCGGGCCUUACCACGAUGGCCGGAAAUUCCUCCUAUGGCAUGCUAAUGAGCGCCCUGUCUCGCCUUUCAAUCUCACGUCCUUUGCCAUAACGCUCAACGCUGACCGUCCUAGUCUCAUGCCAUGGGUCGCCAUCACUGAUACCAGGCGGCGUCCCGACCAGCGCGCCAUGGAAAACGGCGAAUAUGACAAGGCUGCUGAAGAGAAACAACGUGUGGAGGAAAAACAACGUGCUGCCCGCAAGCUACGUGAGACCAACGGCGUACCAUAUGCGCCUGCGUGGUUCACGCGUGAAGUGCAUCCCGUCACUGGUCAGCAGUACUGGAAGUACAACGGCCUCUACUGGAAGAUGCGCAAGGAACGCAAUCUACCGGUCUCUCAAGACAUCUUCUAA